GAUGUCAAAAGAUGAAUAUAUUGAAGUUUAACAAUUUCGAAUUAAAAAUUAUCAAAAUAAUAUGACCCACAAUCACUAUUCCAACCAGUUUAUUAACCAUUAGAGAGGUCUUUAAACUAAAUUUUCGUCUAAGCAUGUCUCUUCUAGAUCAAUCCAAAGAAAACCGCCCCAUAAAGAAACCAAAAUCUACCAAAGAAACCAACGAUUUUUCAAAAAUCGGCGGCCUCAACCACCACCUCCGAACACUAAGAGAAAUCGUCAUCUUUCCUCUACUACACGGCAACGUCUUUGCCCAUUUCAAAAUCAAAGCUCCACGCGGGGUGCUAUUCUACGGACCCCCAGGUACCGGUAAAACUCUAGUAGCCGGAGCUCUAGCGGCGGAACUCAACAAAGAAGGCGUCGGCAAAGUGAGCUUCUUCCCUCGAAAGGGAGCCGACAUCCUGGAUAAAUGGGUAGGAGAAUCCGAGAAGAACCUUCGAGCUCUAUUCGAAAAGGCGACAAAGAGUCGCCCUUCGAUAAUCUUCUUCGACGAAUUGGAUGGCCUAGCACCGAUCAGAUCGGAUAAAAACGACCACGUGCAUUCCAGCGUCGUGGCCACGCUACUCUCCCUUCUCGACGGAUUGGAUACCAAACCAGGAGUCAUCGUCAUCGGAGCGACGAACCGCAUAGAAGCCAUCGAUCCGGCGUUGCGGCGCAAAGGUCGCUUCGACAAAGAGCUCUAUUUCCCUCUGCCAGGAACUCUAGCCAGAAGAGAUAUCCUGCAAAUCCUCACGAGCAACUGGAAACGGAAACCCAGCGGGGAGUUCUUGGAGGAACUAGCCGACAUGACGCACGGUUUCUGCGGCGCAGACCUCCAAGCCCUGUGCUCGGACGCUGUUUUAACGUGCUUGAGAAGAGCCUACCCGAAAAUCGACUCCCGGGGAGCCGAUAUCAAAGUGGAACCGGAUUUGCUCCAGGUCGAAGAAAGUGACUUCCUGGAGGCGAGAACUCAUCUAGUACCGUCCAACGUGAAAUACGGAUUAAUCAUGCGUAAACUCAGCCAUACAGUUAAACCGUUACUGAGACGACAGCACGAUAGGAUCAUCAAGUACAUAAACUUGCUCUGGCCGCAUUUCCUCCAAGAGGAUUAUGAGUACAAAUUCGCCGCAGGUGACAGGAGAUACGCAGCGAGAGUUUUGUUAAUUGGAGACAAUACUCAAGGUCUCAACACCCAUUUGUUACCGUCUGUACUGAAGAAUUUAGAGCACAUUCCGCAGUUUGUGCUGGAUACCAGGUCUAAUUUGAGCUUCCAAUUCAACAUAACUAGUCAAUUUCCUUCGGUAAUUAUUCUGUCGCGUGUGGAUGAAUGGUGGGAGGAUAUCAACGAAUAUGAUCAGCACAAUAUAGUUACCUCAUUGGAAGAGAUCCAUGCAGGCUUACCUAUCCUCACCAUAGCUUCUUGUAAUGUUGAAGUACCUGGAAAGCUGCACAAUUUCUUCUACAAUAACAAUACUCUUCUAGUGAGGAUUGAGAAUCCUACUGAGAGGGAACGGGAGGAAUUCCUGGCGCCUUUGUUCUUCGAUGAAAACAAUCUGAGCGUGAGCUACGUGUGGAACAGGUGGAGUAGGUUAUGCACGGAAGGUAAAGGGAAGAGUUCGAAGAAGAAAAAUAAUUUCGGACUGGAAAUAGCCGGCUUGUUAAGGAAAGGUAAAAGAAAGAGGGAAUCUUCGUUAGUGCGCGAGGCAAAGAAAAUUAGAUGUACUGUGAAGAAAUCAUCCAGCGACACAAGCAUAUUUGAUUUAGAAAGGAAAAUUACCAAUAUGCAAUUGCAACUAACCACCUCCUGCGAUUCGGUGAGGAACAAGCAAUAUUUCACCAGGGUAUUAUCCGAUUUGUUGAAUAAAAGAAACACUUGGGAAUCUAACACCGAUACAACCGGCAUCGGCGAGUGCUGUUCGUACGACGAAGAGACGAGUAGGGAGAAGAUCUACAAUGUGUGGAAGCACGCUUCGGAGGUGACGACGAGAAACAUGGGCGUCUCGCACUUGGAGACGCUGUACGAUGUGAUAUCGGCCUGUGUGGCGAUAAAUCAGAAUUCCUUCGACGACCUAGUGGUGAAUUUGGAAAACGUCCUAGAAAAAAUCGAGAAUUCCUAUCGAGUUUCGCCAGACGGGGAUUUUUAAUAGGAUCAGAUCGCACCAGAUCAGAGUGGGUCAGAAGGGAUCGAUGAUACGAUUAAGUGGUAAAUUGUAUUGAAUAUAAAAAUAGACAUUAAAG